AUGUUAGCUGGUCUUCCCAUUGUGGUUAGUGGAAACUCCGGGUUUGGAAAAACACUGCGUAAACUUCCAAUGGCUGAGUUAUUUGUGAUCGACUCUGAUGACUCCAAAGAAUGGGCAAAAGCAAUUGCAGCCAUCCGUCAAAAAUCAAGGACACAGCGGCUUGAGGAAAUCCAAAGACUGCUAAGAAGUUAUGAUCAAAGAUUCUCUUGGGAGAGACAGUGCCAGGUCCCUCUCGCCAGAAUGUGGAAGAUGGUCUAUGGUAAGAAAUCAAAUUGUAUAUGUCCAUUGCUUCUGCAAUAGCGAGUGCAUAAAUACAUUUUUACUAUAUUAUGUAUCGUGGUCCAUGUGCAUCGCUGAAGAAAUGUUGCCGUUGACCUUUUUAACCUCAAUGGUGGCAUUCACAUUCUCCACACCGUUCUCCGUACACUUCUUGUGUUACUGAUCAAUUUCAUUUUUAAGACUUUUAUUUAUAAUUUUAUAAAAUGUUGGCUAGCGAUACAUGAAAAUUAAAAUCCAUAACAUUGCGAUACAUCAAAGUCAUUUGAUUUCUAUUCAUAUGCAGUAGCAGUGGUGGUGUUCUCUUGUAUACAAAAAGAACGUAGCAAAAAAAGACUAGCUAAACUUUUGGCUUAUAAUUUGUCACCAAAAAUGAAAGGGGGGCUUCUGAGGUUGAAAUCUUUCUUUUUUUUUGAAGAGUGACAUUUUCCUCUGUAAAUCAUCGCUUUUUUUUAACUUUACAGGUCGUGGAAAAACCAAAGAAGAUGACGUUCCACAGAACGACUUUGAAAAGGACACUUCAACAGAACCAAUAGCAGGUAAUGUCAUUGUUUGCUUCGUCAGUUGAACCAAUGUCAAACGUUCUUUUUUUUUUGCAGCGGAGUGAGGUUAUUUUCUUCUGUUGAACCAGGGUACUUUCAAUUAUUGGGGUGCAUCUCCAAGUAAACUUACGUAGACUAACUGUUUCCCUCUCCUGCUUACAGGCCAAACCUUUUCAAUUCACUGCAGAUUUUAAACUUCACAGGUGUUGAAAAAACCCAAGAAGAUGACGUUCCACAGAAUGACUUUGAAAAGGAUGCUGCAUCAGGACCGAUGGCAGGUAAUGCCAUUGUUUGCUUUGAGACUCAAACCAAAGCCAAAAUAUGUUUUUGCAGUACAGUGAGGCUAUUUAGUUCUUUGGAGACCACAGUAAUUUUUACUGAAAUUGUCUGCUGUUUUGAGCUUCAGACCAGUGCAGCAUCUCCUAUUAAACUGCCAUGAAAUAACCUCUAUCUUAUGUUAAGUUUUUCAUCUUUCGUUUACAGGCGAACCCAUUUUUAUUGUACUUCGACAAAUCAUACGGGAAGCACGCAUAGAGUCCAGCAAAACUGAGCUGUCGCAGGCUUUGAAGAGGAUUGCGUUGGAAAAAGGUUUUGCAAUUUCUGACAAUCAAGGAGGGGGAAACUGCAUGUUUUUGCACUUUCAGAACAGCUUGACCUUAUCAAAGGAAUCAAAAUCUCCCACGAUGAGUUACGCCGAACUAUUGUUCAACAACUUCGGGAAAAUCCUAAGCUGGUAAUUGCCUUUUUCUGUUUUAUUAUUUUUAGAGUGGACAUUUUUGCAGUAUAUGCGCGUGGCCCGUCACUAAGCAAUUUGAUAGUUAACAUCCCUACCCCCCUCUCUCUUACACGUGUAACGGACACCUCCCUAAAACCUCAUUAAAAUGAAGUGGAAUAAAUAAUGUUCUCUCUGUCUCGUGAACAAAAUGCGGUUGAAUCUCAUUAACAUAACGCCACGAGCUAUUUUUACGUAGUAUUUAGUACAUCCAUUUAUAUAGCUUGUAAGGAUCAUGCCCUUAUAUUGACAUAGAUUAGUCCAAAUUGUGUGUCAUGUCUUUAUUUGGUCAUGAAGACUCCUUUGACUUAAAAUCACUGAACCACGAUGCCCUCAUUGUCCAUUGCAGACAUCUUAGGCUGUCUUCACACUAUACGGUAUAGCUUUUUCGCCGGUACGAAAAUCAUACUGGAUGGGGUUUCAGUUCACACAUGAGAACGGUGAUUUCGGCGCGAUUUCUUUAACGCGCCGAUGCAGCUAUCUCUUUCGAAAAACGGUCGCUGCAAUUUUUUAGACACUAAGAAAAUUUUUGAUCUGUUAUUUAGAGUGUUUCUGUAAAAAAAGAAAGAAAAUCGCAACCCAAGGUAAAACCCGGACCUCGAACCCGGAGCUUUCGUAUCCUAAUCUCUCGCCCUUACCACUAGACUACUCCACCGACCCCCCCAAAAUGCCGAAAAAAUUUAAGUACAUACACUGACAAACUGUCUUUCUUAACUGUUACAUCAAUAACAGGUGACCCUAGCCCUUUCCAUAAAUUUUAACGAAAAUUCAACUUAGCUCCAACGCCGUUUUCUAGCACUAUUCAAAAACGUAUUAUUUGCCUUUUUGUAACUAAAUGCAGGGAAUAUAUUACAUCUAUGAUGACUAAAGGCUUGGUUACUAAUGCUGGCAUCGACCGUUAAAAAUGGAAAAAGACUGAUUACGAAAGGGAAUGAGGCCGUGCCGAUCUCUAAAGUGGAGAGUCACAUAUCGGAUAGAUGUUCACAUUAUACUGGCUUUUCGUGUCGUGUCGUCACCAAAGCUUACCUGGUAUAGUAUGAUCAUAACUUUAUUGUUCUGGUUCCGGUUCACUGAUUCUUGGCGCACAAAGGAGAUAAAGACGUCAUCGACGUUAAUAUAUUCCACUUCAAAAAAAGACGUCUAACUGGUGUGUCCUUAAUACUACCGAGGUGGACAUAUUAUUUCUAGUGCCGAUACUAAUGGUGUCGUCUUAUAGAGAGCUGACAGCGGAGCUGCCUGAAUAUAUACCUUCUACAAAAGUACUCUACCUUUUUCUCUAUUAACUACAGUAUUUUCUUUCGAACAGCCGGAUGGGACAGAACUGUUUCAUUUUGUUGAUGGAUAUCCAUCUUGGGAUGCCUACCUCACAAGUAUGAUGGCAGAUGGUACAUGGGGUGAUCACGUUGUUCUACACGGCGCGGCAAACUGUUUUCGAACGUGCAUCCAUGUGAUCAGCAGUCUUCCGCAUCGCCAUGACGUAAUGAUCUGCCCAGAGUUUGAUGUUACCGCUGGCAACCGGCUGGUGCUGGGUCACGUGCAUGAGCUUCACUAUGUUAGCCUUAUUCCACAGAUAGGAGGUAAAGAUAUCUGA